AUGGUCUGCUCCUCCUCUCUCCCUUGGCGCCACCUGCAGCACGACAUAGGUGGGCCAGCUCGUCCCUUCUCCCCCUUCCUAGUGGUGAUAGUGUCGGCAAUUAUCAUGGGUCUCCUCCCUUGGCACAACAAGAAGAGGAGGAACCGAAGACACCCCUAUGUGAGGCUGCCGUCCUCUCCCUAGGUUCGUUAGAACAAGAGGGAGAAAUCAUUUUCACUUUGUUUCUAGACUUUUAUGCAAUUGAAUCUCUUUUAUCCUGGUUAACGCAAUCUGAAUUUCGUGAAGUUCUAUUCCCUUUUACCUCAUCGAUUUCAAAUAGUUGACGUCAUUAAAGGAAGUAGGGAAUCAUCUCUGCCAGCCAUCCGUAAUUUCUUUACAAGGUGGCUGGUGGAACCUUGAGAGAAAUCUUCCUCUCGAUCUCUACGACAGACAAUUCUUUGUGCAUGUCGAUCUUCUACACCUAUGUGAAGAUCAACAGACACAUGUGCAAGGUGAUCAUCGUCAGUGGCAGUUGCAUCAAUGCCGUGUCAAACCAGGUCUUGUAGAGGGCAAGGCUGAGUACUAUUAGCCAUCCAACCCCUUAUGAUGUAUCGUGGAUAAACGUCACCACACUAUCCAUUUGUCGACAGCACCAAGUGCCACUUAGGGUACGAGCACUCUCGGAUGGUUCAUCUCGAGAUCAUAAGGACUUCCUUGUGGUCAACGGAUGUCUAUUUUUUAGGAGCAGACUGUGCAUUCCACGCACAUCCCUCUGUGACUUCCUCACUUGAGAAUGUCACGCAGGAAGUAUAUCUGGUCAUUUCAGUGGCGAUAAGACCAUCGCAGCAGUUGAGUACCAAUUCUACUAGUUGACCCUCAAGCGCAAUGUAGGGAACAUUGUCACUCAGUGUUGAGUGUGCACACUCGCCAAGUAGGUAAAGAAGAAUACUAGACUCUACACGCCACUUUCAAUGCCAACCCGCCCAUGAGAUGACGUCAGCAUGGACUUCAUUUUGAGACUCUCGUGCACUACACGACGACAUGACUCAAUCAUGGUGGUCGUCUAUAAGUUUUCAAAGAUGGCACACUUCAUGACAUGUUCGAAAACCUCUAACACCUCCAAGGUCACUAGCCUCUACUUUAGAGAGAUGGUGCACCUUCAUAGACUACCCAAGUCCAUAGUCUCAUACCAUAACGUAUGGUUUACCAACCACUUCUAGAGGACUCUUUUGAGCUUACUUGGGACUAAACUCAAUUUCUCCAUUACUUACUAUCCAUAGAUUGACAGCCUAAUUGAGGUCAUCAAUUGUAGCUUAGGGAAUCUGCUUCGGUCAUUAGUCGGCAAGAACUUGACCACUUGGCAUUUGAUCAUACCACACGUCGAGUUUGCCUAUAACUCUUUGACCAACCGUACCACUGGCAUGAGCCCCUUCGAGAUUGCACACGGCUUAGCACCUCGCAAGCCCCUAGAUCUAGUACUCCUGGACCCUCAUGUUAGAGUUUCCGAGGUUGGUGUCGCAUUCGCCCAGCAUAUUAGUCAGUUGCAUUAGGACACCCAUGAUAGGAUAUAGAGUUAGAAUACAUUGUACAAGCAGACUGCCGAUAUGCAUCAUUGACCUCGGAUCUUCCAAGUGAGAGACCAGGUUAUGAUGAGGAUGAGGCCCAAGCAUUAUGCUCCUGGCUCCACUACGAAACUUCAUGCUCAUAGGGCCGGCCCGUUUCGUGUUCUUUCCCAGAUAGGCAAGAACGCCUAUGUCGUUGACAUCCCUCCUUUGUGGGCGGUUAGCUCCACGUUCAACAUGGCAGAUCUGGCAUCACACCAAGCCCCACCUCUUUCAUCUAACUUUGAGCCCUCAUCUACCGGCCCCUUCUCUGAGAGAGAGUUUUCCAUGGAGUCCACUCUCCCCAUUUUACCACCUGAUUGGCACGAGCGAGUUGAGGAGAUUCUUCGGGAGGUAAUUGACUUUAUAGUGGAUAGAGUUUUGCAGAGAUUCCUAGUACGUUGGUAGGGUUGCCUAUCAAAGGAUGAUGCUUGAAUUUCAGAGAUAGACCUGAAGUGACUAUGACUAGACCUACUAGAUCCCCUACCUUCCCAACUUGCCAACUCGUCGGAGUUGAGUUCUUUCAACCCCGGGAGGAUUGAUGGCAAGUGGGACCUAUCUCCAUCAGCUUAGGAGACAUCGGCAGUCCGAGUUCAGCCCGAUUGACACGCAAAGAUGAAGGAGCCUAGCUUUCACUACACAGCCUAGCCCUUCGGGACGACGACAUUUCACCUCUGCGAUGACGACGAGCUCGAGCUCACCCUUAUCUUUCUUGGUAUUUUCACGUUGACUUGUUAGGCCUCGCAUUUGUGUGUUAGCGGGCCCAAUUCUAUAUGUGUGUGUUGUUGUUUAUCUCCCUUUCUUUAGGGUUUUAUUGGGUGUUUCUUUGAGGCCCAAUUAAAACCUCAAGGGGUGAGGGGGGACCUAUGUGUCUUUCUUUUUGGGCCUCUUUUGGGGCUUAUUUGGGUCUUCAUUUAAGGCCCACUUAAGCACUAUAAGAGGGCCCUCCUCUUUCUCCUUUUAGGGGAGCUUAUUGGGUCUCUCUUAAAGAGAGACCCAAUAAGCCUCUUUUGUAGCCUUUGUGGCUUAUAA